AUGAUCGUAGAGUACUUGCCGCCCAAGCGCGAUACUCUCAAGACACUGCGCCUUGUCAACCGGGAAUUCUACAGAAACUUGCAAUAUGCAUACUUCCAGCACUUGGUAAUCGACGUGGGCUCAAACUACGAUGAUUCAGCAGAUGACAUGACGGACUACAUCAUGAAAACGAACAUUCUCAACCACGCGGCCCCGUUCGUCUCUCGCCUCGGAUUUUCUUUCGAGUUAAGUGAAUUAGAGCUGGCAACUCCCCAAAUUGACGCGGAGGAUGUCAUCGAGUUCCGCGACUGGGGUAUUUACAGAUGGCCCGUUCGUUACGGCAGUGGUCGUGCUGGAUCACGUCUAGGAAGGAUUACCAAUUCGUUGGAGCGCGUGAGAGGAAUCACCAAUAUCAUGCACCAAGUCUCGCAGAUCCAUGAACUCGCUAUAUCAGUCGGUGGCGGUUUAGGCUAUCUCCAGGGUCCGGAUCUCAAUCCCCGGCAACCCCCGGGUCCGCAACCAGUUUUCGGCGAACCCAACCCGGUUCGAGAGGUGGUAGACACGUCUCUUCCGUCUCUUCAGACGAAAUACAGCAAGCCUUAUCAGGUAGAACUGAUGGAAAAGCGACUAGCUGCUCUGGGAGUUGCCCCUGGCGAUAUAUCGAAUACGAUAAAUAUUAUCAUAGCGAGCGAAGGAACCACCAUGGAGCGAUUUAUCCAUGAGGAGCGACCACGAGCUGCCCUUCCCGUGAGCCGUUAUGGAGAGAGCCGGGUCACCCGAUCUCCUUCUCAGCACAGUAAAUACCGUUUGCAGCCGGAUCAACUCACAUUCACCCAGAUAAGACUCAUAUACCAACAUGUUACAGCACAGCAAGCACUUGUGCAGUCUGUUUUGGUGAAUGUGAUGGACCACGGCAAAUCUUACGAAUCCUUAACCAAGAUCAAUAUCGCGCGUCUUUCAAGCUUCCAUAUACAUCUACUGUGCUUGGAUGAAUUGUGGGCGUCAGUACCUACACUUCGGGAAGUGUCUCUGGGUAUUGUCCCUGACUGGAGAUCAAUAAUCAUGCACAACGAAGCCAUGUACGAGUCAAGACAGGUUUACCCUGCCGACGCGCUGCCUGAAGUCUUCAAGCUACUCAAUGAUUAUAUCGGUCGGCAGGAAGGAAUCAAGCGCCUUCAUUUCGAGUGGCUCUGUGGUGGCGAGCUAGCUCCCGGCUGGCUCCAAAGAAACAAGCACGUCUUACCGGCGCCAUUCUUGAAGAAGCAUCGACUGGUGAUCUGUUCAGGAAUUGAGAAUCUUCUCAUCCUCCCUCACAUUACACACUUGUCUCUCAAGAACUGCUGGUUCGCUCCGAACGUAUUCUAUCGAAUCAUCCACACUAUGGCUCAGAAACAUGAACUCGUGUCUCUUGAGCUGGAAACGGUUUCUCUGACCGGUCCUCCGAUCUUCCGAGAAGAAAAAGGCGUGAGAGAUUAUGAUGCGGAUUACCAACCGUGGCCUUUGUCCCUCAGUGGCCCACUACCCACAGACCAGCCGGGCUUGAUUAAAAACCCUCUGGCCCUUUCUUGGUCCCAUAUCAUCGACAUGCUGACACCGGGCCCAACAAUCAGACAGCGCGUCUUCAAAGAGCUGCUCCCCAUGGAGCCGCAGCUGCAUAUCAAAAAGGAACUGAAGCUCCGAAAGCUUGUAUUCACGUCCUGCGGCUACGUAUCCCUACCGGACACCCGUUUCGUUUCUGACAGACGCUUUCAGAAUCUGAAAUACCCGACUGAACUCAGAGAAAGUGUCCGGACUAUGUCCAAAAAAUAUGCUCGUAAACAACGCUUGUUGGGCGAUUACAUGCAGGUCAACACCGACAGACAUCUAGGCCGAGUAUGCGAACUACUUGAUCCUCGCGAGGAGCAUUCCAUGCGAAUCGUCUUUGGACUGCGCGCGGGCUGGUUCCAUGCAUACGGAGUCCAUCAUAUCCGAUCUGCCUUGCAAGACGGCAUCGCUAGUCCCGGUUACGGUCGCUUCAGUGGCACCAUCGAGGAUGAUCCUUUCAAGAUAGUUGCUCCUGAAGAGGAACUCCAAACUUACAGGUUUGAUACUACACUUUUUGAUCGUGAUUACGAGAUCGAGGACAAAAAGACCCUCAAUGGUGAGAUGAGGAAGCUCGAGAGCGAUCUGCUUUAUGAACUCCCGCCGGAAGAGAGCGAUGAUGAGAAUAACAAUGGCAAUGGCAAUUAA